AUGGUACGCAAAAGUUUUGCCAAAAUAGGAACUUGGAAGGCAGGUCAACAUAUUUACCUUAAUGUUGGUAAAGUUAGUUUAUUUCAAUAUCACCCAUUCACUAUCGCAAGCUUACCAAGUUCAGGUGAAAUAAAAUUAAUCAUAAGAAAGCAAAAAGGAUUUACGAAAAGAUUGAUACAAAAAAUUGAGAAAGUGCAACAUGACGAAGAUCAAGAGCCUGAAUGCGUUAAAUUGAAAUCAUCAUUGUGGGGCCCAUAUGGAGGAAAGCAUCAGCCACUUCUUACGUUCGACUCAGUUUUGUUCAUGGGUGCAGGAUCGGGAGCUACAUUUACAUUUCCAAUGGCAUUAGAUCUCUUGGAAACAAUAAGACAAAGAGAUACGGCCGGCGACUACUUGUUCCGUCCAAAUAAGGCACAUAUUAAGAUAAUUUGGAUGAUUCGAGAUAUAAAGAACAUCGUAUGGUUUGAAGAUAUUUUAAGUCAAUUAACACAAUAUGUAGAAUUGGGUGUAGUAAGCAUUGAUAUAUAUGUUACACAGUCACAGCCAGGAAAGUUAAUUUGCCAUGAAAUUGCCGAGAAGCAACAAGGAACAUUCAUGAAAGAUGAGAUCACAAAAGAAAUAACUUCAAAAGAUAAAUCUUCUACAAAAGAAAGAGUUCAAGAUUUAGACGAAACUAUAUCUUCCAAUUCUUCAAGCAUAAAUGAUAACUCUCCGAAUGUUGAUUUCUCACAUACUAGUAUACAUUAUAGGCGCCCAGAUGUUCCUUCAUUGAUAGAAGAAACAGUAAGUUACAUGAUAACUAAGGAUAAAUCGAGUACUUAUAAGUCAUUAGCAGUAGUUGGAUGUGGUCCAGCUUUGCUUACAAAACAAAUGAAAGAAGAGUGCCAAAGGAAUAGAUGGAGGAAAAACUCACCCGACAUUUAUUGUCAUACUGAGAAGUAUUAA